CGCGCGCCCAGGCCCCGCCCCCGGGGUGGCCCCGCCCCUCUCGCGCGGCCUGGGGCCAGGUUGCGGCUCCGGCGUCGCGCGGCGGCCGUUAGGCGGGCGGCAUGGCGGUGGCGGCGGGGGACGAGGUGUUCCUGAGAGCGCGGGGCCGGACGCUGAGCGCCUUCCGCGAAGAUAAGGAGUACGAAUGGAAGGGGCCUUUCUACUUCAUCCAAGGAGCAGAUCCUCAGUUUGGGCUGAUGAAAGCUUGGGCAAUUGGAGACUGUGACAAUGGAGGUGAUGAAUGGGGAGAAGAGAUCAAAUUAACAGAGCAAGCUGUGCAAGCCAUUAACAAGCUAAAUCCGAAACCCAAGUUCUUCGUGUUGUGCGGAGAUCUUAUCCAUGGAAUGCCAGGAACUCAGUGGAGGAAGGACCAAGAGCAAGAUCUGAAGCACGUUCUGAAGAACACUGACCAGGACAUCCCGUUAGUAUUUGUCAGCGGCAAUCAUGAUAUUGGCAAUACUCCAACCAGUGAAACAAUAGAUAGUUAUUGCAAGAACUGGGGAGAUGAUUAUUUCAGCUUUUGGGUUGGAGGUGUUUUCUUUCUUGUGCUGAAUUCUCAGUUAUACUUCGAUUCUUCUAAAUGCCCCGAGUUAAAGCAAGCCCAGGAUGUGUGGCUUAAUGGACAGCUGGCCGUAGCAGAAAAACGUAAGUGCAAGCAUAUUAUAGUAUUUCAGCACAUCCCUCUAUUUCUGAGGAAGCCUGAUGAAGAAAAUGACUAUUUCAACUUGGAAAAAUCAGUUCGUCAAGAGAUAAUGGAGAAGUUUCAUAAAGCAGGUGUUAAAGCUGUGUUUUCUGGACAUUACCAUAGGAAUGCUGGAGGAUCCUACAGAGGACUGGAAAUGGUGGUUUCAUCAGCAAUAGGAUGUCAGCUGGGAGAAGAUCAACACGGGCUUCGAGUGGUUGUUGUCACAGCUGAAAAGAUUGUUCACAGAUAUUACAGUUUAAAUGAACUGAGCAGCCAAGGAAUAGAUAAAGAUCUUGUGGAUAUGCUUGCUAAGCAAAAUUAGGCUAUAUCAAAUCCCUUUUAACUCAAGUGGUUGAUGGGUGUUUUUCCACAUUAAACGAAUGGGAAGUUUCAGAAGUUUCCACAUGCUGAAGAUACAGAUUUCUGAUUGUGCACCAUGCCCAACACACCUCUCUAUUUGUUUAAAUCCUAAAUAACAAGAAAGUUGUUGAGGGGUUUCCCCUUUACAAAAUGAGACCUCUCAGUAAUGGAAAAAUAACAGAACGAAUACGGUAAUGUGUCUUUGAAAAGGACCGUCCUAAGAUUUUUCACGCUGAUCCUGGACUUUGUUAUUACAGAAGAAGUAUAUCCAAGAAUAAGAGUAGUUGCUUCUAGAUAACCCUGCAAUUCAAGUCUAUUUUAAUUUGAUAUUUAAGACAUUUUAAAAUCAGUAAAUUUAAUCAUUUCUGUUACAUUCCAAACAAUAUGCCAUGUUUUUACUCCAGAGGGACAAAUCUAAAACUCAGUGAAAUCAUCAGACUCACACUGACUUUUAACAACCUUUGGAUCAGACCUUGUUGCCUACAGAGGUCAUAUUUUCUCCCAUUUUCCAUACUCUCAUUUUCUUAGUUCUUCAGAGCCAGCAGCAAUAAGAGAGCAAACACAUUCCAUUUUGCAAAGUCACAGCUUGGGUUUUCAUUAUAUCCUGAUUUUAUAUUAUGAAACAUCUAUAAAUGACACUAAUACAGAUGCCACUGAGAGAAAUUAAACAUGGAACAAUUAUUUUCCUUUUGAAAUUUAACCACCAUUCAAUUAGCAUAUAUUAUUGCUCUGUUUUCAAAAGUUGGAAUACCUGUACCGAGAAAAUAUCCUCUAAGAAAACUAUCAUCCGUAGUCACUGUUGAUUUCUAGAUACAUGGAAAGCUUUGAUUUUUAAAUGCAAUUUAAUAGUGCCUUGUAAUAUUAUAGCCAAUGAAUAUUAAAACUUGUAAAAGAUGCAUUUUCUUCACUGGAAGAAGUCUAAAAAAGAAUAUAACAAGAUUAAGAGAAAAAUUACAUUCUAAGUCUAAGUUCAUGUGCUGCAAACUGUCUAAUUCUGUAGCAAAUGUCUGAUUUGUUUUCUAUUAAAUACAAAAAAACUGCCUUCAUUUAAUUAACACAUACCUCUUUUCUACAUUCAAGUAUUUAGCUGAACAUAUUAUAAUACCUGUCAAAGGUGAGCCACCAGUAGAGCUAGCACAGCUUCACAACCUGAAGAUGGAAUAACACAAAUAAGACUGGGCAGAAAAGUAAUGAAUCACCCAUACCCACACUCACCCCACACGGACACCACCACCUCCCUCCCAAUCCCUAGAGGAUACUACCGGUGUUUUAAGUAUGGCGAGAGAGGUGAUGUACUAUGCCAAAGCAUUAGUUUCAUUACAUUUUACUCACAACGGUUUAGCUACUUCAGCGGUUUAGCACACUUCAACCUUUAUCUGUGGGGCUGGUGAGAUCCUAAAAUUCAUUCUGUAAAAUUUUAGACUGUUGCUUUCUUGAAACAGGGAAACAGCCAUACCUGUAGAUGGACAGGACCAAAUGUGGGCUACCUUCCCAUGCUAAUUGCCUAAGCACAGGUCACAUUGGAUUCAAAAGGAAAGAAACGGAUUCUGCUUUUGUUCUCCAACUGGUUUUGCUUAACUGAAUGUUUUGCAUCUUACUUUCAAGGAAACAUCUGGGAACUGAGAACUUUGAAAUAGGCAGGUAUGUAAGUAACCAAAUGGUCAGUUCAUCAAAAGUUAAGCGCCCAUUAUUUCUAGUACUUUUUCAAAAAUCUGGCUGGGUGCAUAGAUGUCUCAAGCCACAAAGUACUUCUAAAAUUUGGUCUUAGGUAACCUGGAGCUUUAGUAAUCACAGCUAAUUAACAGUCUGUUGCAGGAUCUGAUGCUACUGUAUGUUUUGCGGAGGCAAGAAUAGUCUCUCUCUGACUUAAACCUUUUAACUCUGUCAGUUUAAAUCUUAAGGCUGAAGUAGUACCUGAGGGAGCUGAGAUAAUCUAAGCAUGCCAUGUUCUCUUUGCUCUGGCACAGUAUUGUAAAGCAGAAUGUAGGAAAUGUAUAGACUGCUUCUUAAUAUGCCUGUUUAUUAAAGGAUAGAAUUUUAACUGAAUGUAUGAAGCCUGGGAGAGUCAAACUUUUAACUUCAGGAGAAAGUCCACAAAUAUGAAGAUUUUAGUAGUACUUGCAUAUAGUGUUGUAAAAAAAUAAUUUCAGAGGUAUGAUGUACUAAUACAAAAAAGAAAUGUUUUAUAAGGAACACUUCAUGUUUUAGAAAUAAUUCUUUCAAGUUUUCUCUUUUUUUGUAAACGGCAUUUUAUCAUUAGAAUUUCUGUGCUGUUUUGUCAUGAAACUACCACUUAAGUACAAAUCUGGAGUUCAAUUAAAAAAAAAAUAAAGGUUAUUUUAUAUCCCAA